AUGAUCCUUAGCGUUUUAGACACAAAAAAACUUGAAAUAUUUACAAAAGAAAACAAAAUGAAGAUAAUGAUAGAAACUAAAAAAAACUUAGAUAUGCUGCACCUUUGCAAAAGUCCUGAAGCUGGCCCAAGCCAACCAAAACCACUUGCGAUUGUGUUUAUUUCAACCAUAGCAACACAACAAUAA